UUCAAUUCUAAGUACUUGAAAGAGGUGGUGGCAUACUGGCGCGACACUUACCUGCCCAAGUGGGGAGAGCGCGAGGCCUUUCUCAAACAGUUCCCACAUUUUGAAACACAGAUUCAAGGUUUACGAGUACACUUCAUUCAUGUGAAGSCCAAGUCCACCGAAGGUAAAAAGGUGGUGCCUCUCUUACUGAUCCACGGCUGGCCAGGAUCAGUGCGCGAGUUCUAUAGGCUAAUACCGCUGCUGACGAAACCGAACCCCAAGAGUGAAUAUGUCUUCGAAGUGAUAGCACCCAGCUUGCCCGGUUAUGGUUGGUCUCAGGGCGCCUCAAAGGUAAACUUCGGACCCGCACAGAUGUCGUUAGUGUURCGCAAUUUGAUGCUGCGUUUGGGUCAUGAGAAAUUCUUAAUACAGGGUGGUGAUUGGGGCUCUGUACUCGGUGCAAACAUUGCUACUUUAUCGCCACAGAAUGUGCUCGGUUAUCAUUCGAAUAUUUGCCUUAUUGUUAGUCAUCCAGUGGUUCACCUUCAUAAGUUAUUGCRAAAUUGGUUCCCGARCUUCUUUAUUGAGGAAGAAAAUAGAAUUUUCUUUAAACCCUUUGGCAAAGAGUUAAGCUAUAUUUUAGAGGAGUCUGGCUAUAUGCAUAUUCAAGCAUCCAAACCAGACACAAUUGGCACAACGCUCUCACAGAAUCCUGUUGGUUUGGCCGCAUACAUCUUGGAGAAAUUCUCCACAUGGACYAAUCCUGCAUACAGGCAACUCGAGGAUGGUGGCCUCACCAAGCGCUUCACUUUAGACGAGCUUUUGGAUAAUAUCAUGAUUUAUUACACGACAAACUCGAUAACUACGUCUCAGCGCUUGUACUCGGAAGGGUUCAAUUUCGCUCACUUUGCUUUGAAUUUGGACGCGACGCAUGUAAAUGUGCCUACCGGUUGUGCACGGUUUCUUCACGACUUGAUGCAUUUGACGGAGUCCGAGCUUGGAUUGAAAUUCAAAAAUAUUGUGCACAGUACAUACCACAAAGAAGGUGGUCAUUUUGCAGCAAUGGAGGUUCCAGAGACUCUUUACAGCGAUUUCGUCGAAUUUGUCGCUAAAGUAUUCAGGAAGCCACAACCAAAGCAAUAGUCAUUCGAAGACACUUAAACAAGUUUUUGUAUACAUUUUUUAUUUUUUACAAUUUCAGUUAAAUUUUUCUAGAAAAUAAAGUACGUAAGUCUU